CCCUGUCGUCGCUCCUCAAGAUGAUGACUGUGACGAAUCUUCUCUGUGCGUUGGCGUGUGUGGUGUGGUUCUCAAGACAGGCAGAAUGCGCUGCAAGACCCAACAUCAUCGUUAUAGUGGCCGACGAUUUGGGUUGGGGUGACGUGAGCUUCCACGGGUCCCAGCAGAUCCGCACGCCCAAUAUCGAUGCUUUAGCUGCAGACGGUAUCGUCCUGGACAACUACUACGUAUCGCCCCUGUGCACGCCGUCCAGGGCGACACUCCUUUCCGGCAGGCACCCAAUUCACACAGGAAUGCAGCACAAUGUAAUCUACUCGGCCAUGCCUUAUGCGUUCCCUCUUCAGUACAAGCUGAUGCCCGAAUAUUUCAAGACACUCGGAUAUGAGACGCACGCUGUGGGAAAGUGGCACUUAGGUCACAUGACCCGGAAUCACACACCAACACGCCGCGGCUUUGACUCCUUCUACGGCUACUACAGCGGUCACCAUGGCUACACGGACCACUCCGCCUUCGAGGAGUACAUGGACGAUCCCAAGGAGCAGUGGACUGGAUGGGGUCUGGACCUCUGGCACAAUCUCGAAGCCGAUAGAUCCAAGUCAGGAAAUUACACGACUGAACUUUUCACUGAGAAGGCGAUCGAAAUAUUUAAGAACCGGGACCGCAGUAAGCCACUGUUUUUGUACCUUGCUCACCUGGCUGUUCAUGUGGGCAACUUCUAUGCGCUGUUCGAGGCACCUGACAGAUAUAUCCAGUUGAACCAACACAUCAAUAACCACAAGCGACGACAUUUUGCCGCAAUGUUGUCUGCGCUGGACGAUUCCAUUGGCCAGUUGCUGGAGGCCCUCAAUACCACGGAUGCGAUCCAGGACACUAUCAUUGCUCUGACGACAGACAACGGCGCGGCAACCGGUGGCAUUGACAACAGCGCCGGAUCCAAUUGGCCCCUUCGCGGUACCAAGGCGAACCACUGGGAAGGUGGAGUGCGGGGAACAGCACUCCUCUGGAGCCCCAUGAUACGCCAGCCAAGACUGUCUCGCCAACUGAUGCACAUAUCUGAUUGGCUGCCCACGCUCUACUCUGCAGCUGGCGGCAACGUACAAGACCUGGGCGACAUCGACGGCGUCGAGAUGUGGCGUAGCCUCAUCACUGGAGCCGGAUCUCCGAGGUCCGAGGUGCUGCACAACAUCGACCCCAUAUGGAACAUGUCCGCCCUACGCGUCGGCCGCUACAAGUACCUGAACGGAACUUACGGUGACGGUCGGUACGACGGCUGGUACGAACCCCUGCAAGAUAAGGGCUCCGAGUUGGGACUGUACGAAGUGGACAACACCAACAACUUGCUGGAUCGGACGUGUGCGGUGGCCCGGACAAUCCUGUCCAUCGGUCGCACCUUGCCGAAGCACAGUCCCAGGGAAGUGCUGACAGAGUGCGGUCAACCUAGGAAGAACGAAUGUAAGCCACUCGAAAAGCCGUGCCUCUUCGACAUCGAGCGAGACCCCUGCGAGAUAAACAACAUAGCCGACGAUUACCCGCACGUAUUACGGAGCAUGGAGAACCGGCUGGAGCAGCACAGAAAAACGAUGGUCCCACCGCUGAACAAGCCGCCCACGAGGAGAUCGGAUCCGCGAUAUUUCGAUUUCACCUGGGCCCCUUAUAUGGACUCUGUCUGAUUCACUUUUCCGGUCUCCUGGGACUGUUGCUGCGUGUGAAACAGUUCACUCAGCUAAUGAAGUUGGUCCCCGUUGCGUUGGCUGUUUCAUGAAGGCUUGACUAAAGAUUCCCUGCGUCGUC